AGAAGCUCCCCACUAUGUUCCAGUGUCACCACAGGGCUUGCAUAGUUGCAUGAGUUUAUGAAUGCACUCUGAGUCUUUAUAUGUAAAAAAAAAAAAAAAAAAAUAGUGCAGAGAAAUCAUGGUGAACAUGGAAUCAAACACUCAUGUUUCACCUCAUAAAAGCCCCUUGCUCCUUGUCUUAAACUGCAUACUCCUCUCUGUGGGCAGCUGUGGGUGCCCACUGCUCAUGCGCCUCUACUUCAUCCACGGUGGCAAAAGAAUCUGGCUCUCUACUUGCCUCUUAACUGCUGGCUGGCCGAUCAUCCUCGCUGUCAUAGUUUUCACUUUCUACCAUCGUCGCGCCACCACGGGGAACUCCACGGCUAAGAUGUUUAACAUUAGGCCACGGUUGAUCGUCGCCUCGGCUGUCGUUGGUGUUUUGAUCGGGCUGGAUAACUAUCUGUAUUCGUAUGGUGUGGCGAAACUGCCUGUGUCCACUGCAGCACUUGUGGUUGCUUCGCAGCUUGCUUUUACUGCAGGUUUUGCGUAUUUACUUGUGAAGCAAAAAUUCAGUUCGUUUUCGAUCAAUGCUGUUGUGUUGCUGACUAUUGGUUCCGGAGUACUAGCCCUGCAUACGAACAGCGAUAGGCCAGAAGGAGAGUCGAAAAGAGAGUAUGUUCUGGGGUUUGUUAUGACGCUUGGAGCAGCCGCCUUGUGGGGAUUUAUAUUGCCAUUGAUCGAGUUGAUGUAUCAGAAGGCGAAGCAGGUUAUUGAUUAUCCGCUGGUGAUGGAAAUUCAACUGGUUAUGUGUUUUUUCGCCACUCUGGUUGGCAUUGUCGGGAUGCUCAUCAACAAUGAUUUCAAGGCAAUACCCAGAGAAGCAAGAAACUUUGAUUUAGGGGAAGCAAAUUACUACAUAAUAUUAGUCUGCAUUGUAAUUUCGUCGCAGUUUUUCAAUUUAGGAGCAGGAGGAGUGAUAUUUUGUUCCUCAUCUUUGUUAUCUGGCAUCGUCGUAGCAGUUCUGCUACCCGUUACUGAAGUUUUAGCUGUUCUGUUUUUCGGAGAAAAAUUUCAAGCGGAGAAAGGAGUUGCUCUUGUUCUCUCUCUCUGGGGAUUUGUUUCUUACUUCUACGGUGAAAUAAAACACAGCAAGAAAUCAGAGAAGAAUAGCCCAGCUGAAACGGAACUGCCAAUAAACCAGACUUCUGUGAAAUAAGUACAUACUUAACUAGCAUGUAUAAUCUUGUCUUUUUGUAUUCGUGUGAUAUUUGGAAACAUCUCUUCUAACAACAUUAUGCAGAUAUGUACUUGACGAAAACAAUUUUAAAAAGAGGAUGUUACAAUUUAGCUA